CCUGUCAUUUUGUCUAAAAAAAAUUUAAUAAAUCAUAAGCCUCAUUUGUGCACGAAUAAAAACCCUAAUUUCAACUUCAUUCUCUUUCUCUUUUCUCUCUCAACCUCUACGCAAUUAAUCUCUUCAACAGCUACAGCCUCUCCUAUGGCGACGGCGGGCGACGGAAGGGCUCCCUAUGAAAGCAGCGGAGCCGGAGGAAAGUUCCGUAAGAGGCCUUACCGGCGUAGUACUCCGGCGACGCCGUAUGAUAGACCUCCUACGGCACUCAGGAACAACAAUCCUGGCCUAUUUACGAAGCUUGUGGACCCUGCUUCCAGACUCAUCUAUGCCGGGGUUCAUAAGCUCUUCGGCGUUUUCCGCAAGCGUCUUCCUCCCCUAUCUUUACAAGGGCUGCCAGGGAUUAGUGAAGAACCACAAAAUGUUUCUCAGGAUGUAGGGAGAAAUAAUUCUAUUGGAGUAUCAAAAGCUAGCACUGAUGAAGACAUGAAUUCUGCUGCCACUGGGAUAUCAGAGCUUGAGCAAAUGUUGAAACAAAAAACCUUUACUAGAUCUGAAAUCCAGCACUUGACAACAUUGCUGCAUUCAAGAACCACCGAGUCACCUGAUAAUGUUGUAGAAAUAAAUGGAGCAAAGCCUCAAACUUCACCUUCUCCCUUUUUAAGGCUUGAAGCAUCAACAAGUGGCUCAAUGAAAAAACAUGGAGACAACAGGGAUAACUUCCAUGCUGCUAUUUCAACUCCCUUUGUCAGUUCAAAAGUUCUUGAAGAGGAGACUCCUUCACCUGCUGAGGUGGCAAAGUCUUACAUGGGAUCCAGGCCUACAAAGCUAGCUCCAUCACCACUUGGAUUAACCAGCCUUACAAGCCUUCAAAAAACAUCAAUUACUCCAAAAACUGCAAACAAUUUCAAGGGUCUUGAAAACGGUUUCUUGACACCAAGAUCAAGAGGCAGAUCAGCAAUGUACAGCAUGGCUAGGACACCAUAUACCAAUAGCCCUUUUAAUUUUAACCAAAAGGAAAUCAUCUCAACAUCUUCUCAGUCUCUAAAACGUAGGAGUUCUGUUUUAGAAGAUGAUUUUGGAUCUGGGGGCCCACUUCGUAGAACACGACAAAAACCUAAUCUUUUAUUACAGUCAAGAGAGAAAAGAGAACUUGGAUACACUACUUUUCAACAACCAAUGCUUUUAGAGAACAAACCUGAAGAAAAUGGAGACACUGCUAUCCACGGGUCAACCCAUGGAUCUGUUCCAGCAAAGUCAACUCAAACAGCUACAAAAAUAUUCCAACAACUUGAAAGAUUGACUCCAAAAUCACCCACUAAACUGACAUCAAAUAUGCUCCAUGGUCAGGCUCUUAGAAGCUUGGAGAAAGUGGAUUUACCUAAAUUUCUCCCGACCUCUCAUGACACUCAGAAAUCAGAGUUUCAGCAUGAGUCAACUAGUAAGUCAACCUCUCGAGGCAAAGAAAAAGUUGAAGAAAAUGGUGAAAGAAAGUUCCCUGUUCCUUUUAACAUGUUGACACCUGUUAAUGGUGAUUUGGAAGUUUCUAUAAAAGAAAGUUCACAGAUUGUUACAGUUGACGAUUCAACUUCGAUUCUUCCACCUGAACCUCCUCAAAAGAGGCGAGCUUUUCAGAUGAGUGCUCCUGAGGAUACAUGGGAGCUUGAUGACGAUGAUGAUGACAUCAAUGUUAAUGGGCAUGUGUCCAUUCCACCUGUUGUUGAAAACAGUAAACCAGAGACAAGUUUAGUAGCAAACAAACCUGUUUCUGCUGACAUCAUUGAACCUCCAACACCGCUGGAAGUCUUUAAAACUCCGGCACCGGUAGCAGCAACUCCGGUGGUGGCUGAAGUAACUCUGGUUGCAAAAACUUCAGAGAAAGUUGAGUUGAAAGAAUCUGAAAAAGCUACACCAUUUCCAAAAACUGAUGGAUUUCUUAGUGGGAAUGUUAUUGAGCAAGAAACAGGAUUUAAAUUCCCAACCUCACCUCCAUCAACUUUCACCACACAAAAAGACAAGGCUACCCCUACUGAAAAUGUGUCACCAUUUCAGUUUUCUGGUAGCGAGCUUUCAGAAUCCAAACCAAAAGCACCUGAUUCGACCAGUGUAUUUAAUUUGGACACAAAGAAUGAUCAAGUUAAGGUCACCAACAAGGAUGAAAAUGGAAAUGAUCAAAAGCUGGAAAAUAUUCCUGCAGCUUCAUCAACGAGUGCUAUGUUCUCAUUUGCCAGCUCAGCAGCGAAGGACUCAAGUGGUCCCACUCCGACCAUGACACCUGAUUCAAGCUCUCCUAUAUUUUCUUCAUCAACUCCUUUUCCAGCUUCUGGUGCAGAUGCAAAUUCAGUUUUCAAUAAUAGCUCUUCCAAUAUUACCCCCGCCAGUACUUCCAUAGCCACUAGUAGUGUCUUCUCUACUACAUCUUUACCACCACCAGCCUUCAGUUUCGGGUCUUCUAAACCAACUUCUUUGGCAGAAACUGGGAAGGCUGAUGCUAUAACUGAAAAGGAACCAAAAGUCCACCCUACUUCCACCGCCACUGCCACCACCACAACAAAUGGUGGUGCUCUCUUCGGCUUCAGCUCUCCGGCAGCCGCUUCCACCACCACCGCCGCCACAAGUGGCGGUGCUCUCUUUGGCUUCAGUUCUCCGGCUGCUACUUCCACCACCACCACCACCACUAGUGGCAGUGCUCUCUUUGGCUUUGGUUCUUCGGCAGCUACUUCCACCACCUCCACCACCAGUACAUCAAAUGCUGGCGCGCUCUUUGGCUUCAGUUCUCCAGCAGUCACUUCCACCACCACUACCACAAGUGGUGGUGCUCUCUUUGGCUUCAGUGCUCCGGCUGCUACCUCCACCACCACCACCACUAGUGGCAGUACUCUCUUUGGCUUCAGUUCUCCGGCAGCUACUUCCACCACCGCCACCACCACAAAUGGUGGUGCUUUCUUUGGUUUCAGUUCUCCAGCUGCCACUUCCACCACCACUGCUCCAUCGCAGGGGUCUUUCUUUACUGCUGCCAGUGGUUCUCAGUCAAACACACCGACAUCUACUCCUGUUACUCAGGCUGUUCCCUUCCAGUUUUCUUCAAGCAGUUCUUUAUUUGGAUCUUCUGCUCCUGCUUUUGGCAUUAGUUCUUCAGAGGGCAAAUCCGGUAAUUCCACUAGUGGGUCCACCUCCACCACUAGCAUAUUUGGUUCUUCUUGGCAACCCCCAAACUCUUCAGUAUUCUCAUUUGGGGCAUCAUCUGCAGCCACAACUCCACCUAUCACAUUUGGUGCAUCAUCUAAUACAACCGCAUCAACAGGAUCUUCCAUGUUUUCAUUCACUACAUCUGGUCCCACCAAGCCGUCUUUCACAACCCCCUCCACAGUUUUUGGAAACCCAACUCCUGUUUUUGCGAAUAAUAAUAAUAAUGAUCAAAUGAGUAUGGAAGACAGCAUGGCGGAGGAUUCUAUGCAGACUCCUAGUCCAAGUCCUGUUUCUGUUUCACCAUUUGGUCAAGCGGCUCCUGUGGCUGCAUCACCAGGGUUCAUGUUCGGUUCAGCCACCCCAGCCCCACCACAAGUGGCGGCUCCUUUCCAGUUUGGUGGCCAGCCAAACCAAGUGCCGCCUCAGAAUCCAUUCCAGUCAUCGAGUGUAGAGUUUAAUGCUGGUGGAGGAAGCUUUUCGUUAGGGUCUGGUGGUGGUGAUAAAUCUGGAAGGAGGAUGGUGAGAGUUACUAAAAGCAAGAACAGGAGGAAAUGA